ACAGCAGCGUGCUCUCAAGCCAGCAUUGCAGAGAAGUGCACGCGGAACAUUGACCCCGGCCCUGGCAGCCAGGGCAGUUCGGCCAAAGCGAUGAGGGAGGUGCCGGCCCCAUUAUGCCCACCGUGGAUGAUAUUCUGGAGCAGGUCGGCGAGUUUGGCCGGUUCCAGAAGCAAGCCUUCCUGACCCUAUGCCUGCUCUCAGCUGCCUUCGCCCCCAUCUACGUGGGCAUCGUCUUCCUGGCCUUCACCCCGGAUCACCGCUGCCUGAGCCCCGGGGUGGCCGAGCUGAGCCGGCGAUGCGGCUGGAGCCUGGCGGACGAGCUGAACUACACGGUGCCCGGCCCGGGGGCCAUGGGCGAGGCCUUCCCCCGCCAGUGCCGCGGCUACGAGGUGGACUGGAACCGGAGCGCCCUCAGCUGCGUGGACCCGCUGGCAGGCCUGGCCACCAACAGGAGCCACCUGCCGCUGGGGCCCUGUCGCCACAGCUGGGUGUACGACACACGGGGCUCGUCCAUCGUGACCGAGUUUAACCUGGUGUGUGACGACUCUUGGAAGGUGGACCUCUUUCAGUCCUGCGUGAACCUGGGCUUCUUCCUGGGCUCUCUGGGUGUCGGCUACAUUGCAGACAGGUUUGGCCGAAAAUUAUGUCUCUUGGCCACCAGCCUUAUCAGUGCCAUCUUGGGUGUCCUCAUGGCCGUGGCGCAAGACUACCUGUCUCUGCUGCUCUUCCGCCUGCUGCAGGGGCUGGUCAGCAAGGGCAGCUGGACGUCUGGCUAUGUCCUGAUCACAGAGUUCGUGGGCUUGGGCUACAGGCGAACGGUGGCGAUCCUCUACCAGAUGGCCUUCACGGUGGGGCUCCUGCUGCUCUCGGGGGUGGCCUACACCAUCCCUCACUGGAGGUGGCUCCAGCUGGCCAUCUCUCUGCCCACCUUCCUCUUCCCGCUCUACUACUGGUGUGUGCCCGAGUCUCCCCGGUGGCUGCUAUCACAGAAGAGAAACACUCAAGUGAUAAAGAUAAUGGACCCUAUCGCCCAAAAGAACGGGAAAUCGCCUCUCGCUGAUCGAAAGAUGCUCUCCCUCGAAGAGGAUGUCACUGAAAAGCGGAGCCCCUCCUUUGCAGACCUGUUCCGCAUGCCACACCUGAGGAAGCACACCUUUAUUCUGAUGUACCUGUGGUUCACCAGCUCCGUGCUCUAUCAGGGCCUCAUCAUGCAUGUGGGCGCCACGGGGGGGAACCUCUACCUGGAUUUCUUUUACUCUGCUCUGGUUGAAUUCCCGGCGGCCUUCAUCAUCCUCACCACCAUUGACCGCUGUGGCCUCAUCCGCCCCUUGGCCGCGUCGAAUCUGGUGGCGGGGGCAGCCUGCUUCGUCAUGAUCUUUUUUCAUCCAGAUCUAUACUGGCUAAACAUCACAGUGGCUUGUGUUGGCUGAAUGGGAAUCACCAUCGUGUUCCAGAUGGUGUGCCUGGUGAACGCCGAGCUGUAUCCCACGUUCAUCAGGAACCUUGGAGUGAUGGUGUGUUCCUCCCUGUGUGAUCUGGGUGGAAUCAUCACCCCCUUCCUGGUCUUCAGGCUGAUGGAGGUCUGGCAAGGCUUGCCACUCAUUUUGUUCGCGGUGUUGGGCCUGGUUGCCGGGGGAAUGACGCUGCCUAUUCCCGAGACUGAAGGGGUCACCUUGCCAGAGACCAUCGAGGAUGCGGAGAACCUCGGGAGGAUAGCAAAGCCCAAAGAAAACAUGAUUUACCUUCAGAUCCAAACAUCAGAACGCACUGGCACCUGA